GGUGGCAGUGCAGGGGGGAUGACUGUUUAUAAAUGGCUUCCCCACCCCCUGCUUCUGUGCGCUCCCCGCAAUCCGGUGCCCGCUGUGUCCUCCGAUCGUUGUACAGGACCUCUGUGCGAGGUCCCGAUCAUGUGAUCACUGAUUGGCCAAUCAGUGAUCACUGAUUGCUUUUACACCCAUAAAGGCUGUAAAAAACAAUCAUUUCUCUCUUCUCUACAUUGAGAACUGUGUGAGCUGUGAUUGGUCACAGCUUGUCACAUGGUACAAGGCUGUUGUGAAUAGCCUUGUACUAUGUGACCUCUGUGAUCAUUCACAGAU